GUUAGAGAAAUUGUUAGGCUUCCCAAACGUACCACACUGGGUAAGUUGUGGUACUUUGUAUCAUGAAGUUGAAUGGCAACACGCAAUACAUUGGUCACCUGAGCUGUUUCCUAUGGAUCUAUCUAUAACUUGGUGAAUACUUGAUGGCAAAACUCAAUUGUAUUAGAUCUACAGCUGUCUGCCAACUGAUUUGCAUUGUGGUAGCUGGAAUAUGUUUGUCGCUCUUAUACAGCUCAAUGGUCGGAAACAUCUCAAUAUUGAACACUCGAGAUCGAGAGGUACGUUGGAUCUACCCAGCAUUGGUCCUCGAUGUCCACUACAAACACGACCACUCUUAUCCCUUUCUUGUUACUGACAGAGAAUCACCUGUUGAUGUGGUCAUUCGAGCUGUCUAUUUUGAUAACCGAACUCGUGAGGGACAUAGUAAUUCAACUGUCUUUUUAUUGGAUGUUCAUUCCGAUAUAUUGACAUAUAGUCUCAUCAACGGCUGUGGAGUAGCUGGUUUCAGAGCAGACACAUAUAAGAUUCGUGAUUGCCUUGUGAAUGCAUGGCUUCGAAAAACUGGUAUUUUCAAAGACAAAAAGUUGACUCAUUGGUGCAUCAUGCUAGACUGCUUUGACCUGCCAGUAACUCCAGGCAGCAAAGCCUAUGUUUUUUAUAAGCAUCAGUCUGUACAGCACGUUCAAAGAGGACAGUGGUUCUCCACAACCCAUCAAAUUCACCGGAUAAUCUCAGUCGAGUCCCUCAGCUAUGUUGUGUUUCCAUCUCUCAUGAAGCCUGUCAAAAGAAGCACUGACUAUCCGUUCAGCGUAACUGUUUGCAGAGGACCUGUGUUUGGUGUGCCACCACUAUUUAAAGAAUGGCUUCAUUACCAGAGAACAAUUGGAGUCGAUCACAUCUACCUAAUAGUCGAGGAAUCAUUUAUACACAAUAAUGGACUGGAAUUACCCGAAGUUGCUAAAGCGCUGCAUGAAGGAUAUUUAACAUAUUCUGUGUGGGGAAGUCCAUUGGACGAUGUUCGCAGUUACUAUCACUCUCAGCUGCUAGCCACCGAAGAUUGCUUGUAUCGAUUACUUGGUCAGUCUGACUAUGUUUUUAUUUCGGACACUGAUGACUUUUUCACUCCUGUUAUGUCUAAAACAUCGUUGCACUAUUAUGUUGACAGAUGGUGUCAUCAGAAUAAAACUUGUGGAGCACUGAAUAUGAGAUGGGUUCAACGUCACUUGGAGUGUGGACUGAAAGGAGAAAUACCACCUAAUGGAAAUAUAACAAGCGUCCUUGCUUCAGAAGUCAAACAUACCCAUGAUAUUCAUGGAGUACUGAACUACAAAACAAUACAUCGAACGUCAUCAGCCGCUGAUAUUCUAGUGCAUAAGCACGGGAUAAUUUUACCUGGAUUUGACCAUGUACUGUUACCUAUAAAUAAUGCUUAUGUGUCUCAUGUUCGUAAGCAUACAGUUGAAGAAGGAACAAGAUGUGCACUUAGCAAAAGCGAACGUAAUAAAUCUGUUAGUUGUGUUUGUUAGUUUUAUCAGUACAUGCACAUCAUGAUCAUUAUAAUUAUAACAAUGAUGUAGCGUAUAUAAUUAUGAUUAUGAUGGGCAGAGUGGAAGUGUAUACUGCUUUUUUUUUGACA